CCUCCGGCAGAAGGGCCGAGGUGAAGGGCCCUCUCUGGAAGCCUCGUCCCUCUCGGGAGGCCAGGCCCGCCCGCACGGGCAAACUUUGCCCGGGCGAGUCCUUGAAGUCUAUAUUUAGUGCACGUCACCCCUCCCCCCUGCGGUUGCAAGGCGGGCGGGCCGACGGGGGUGUGAGGCAGAGCCCCGCCCCCGCAGGCGUGUGUGUCGUGUGGGUUUGGGGCCUUCGCGCCUCCUGCAGCCCCGGCGCCCCUCGCCCCGCCGGGCGUCGCGCGCCAGCAUGGGCCAGGAAGAGGAGCUGCUGAGGAUCGCCAGAAAGCUGGAGAAGAUGGUGGCCAGGAAGAACACGGAAGGAGCCCUCGACCUUCUGAAGAAGCUGAAUAGCUGUCAGAUGUCCAUCCAGCUACUCCAGACCACCAGGAUUGGAGUCGCCGUCAAUGGGGUCCGCAAGCACUGCUCAGACAAGGAGGUGGUGUCCUUGGCCAAAGUCCUCAUCAAAAACUGGAAGCGGCUGCUGGACUCCCCUGGACCCCCCAAGGGGGAAAAAGGAGAGGAGAGAGACAAAGCAAAGAAGGAAAAAGGGCUCAACUACUCCAGCUGGAAGCCAGAGACAGGCCUUUCUCCACCGAGGAAAAAACGAGGCGAAGAGCCCAAAGACAGGAGAGACUCUGUGGACUCCAAGUCUUCAACCAGCUCCUCUCCAAAAAGGCCAUCGAUGGAAAGAUCAAACAGCAGCAAAUCGAAAGCAGAGACCCCCAAAACACCCAGCAGUCCCUUGACCCCAACCUUCGCCCCUUCUGUCUGCCUCCUGGCACCCUGCUAUCUCACAGGAGACUCUGUGCGGGACAAGUGUGUGGAGAUGCUCUCAGCAGCCUUGAAGGCCGAAGACAAUUACAAGGACUAUGGAGUCAACUGUGACAAGAUGGCGUCAGAAAUCGAAGAUCAUAUCUACCAGGAGCUCAAGAGCACGGACAUGAAGUACCGGAACCGGGUGCGCAGCCGAAUCAGCAACCUCAAAGACCCCAGGAACCCCAGCCUGAGGAGGAAUGUGCUCAGCGGGACCAUUUCUGCUGGGCUCAUUGCCAGGAUGACGGCAGAGGAAAUGGCCAGCGAUGAGCUGAGGGAACUGAGGAACGCCAUGACCCAGGAGGCAAUCCGUGAGCACCAGAUGGCCAAGACAGGCGGCACCACCACUGACCUUUUCCAGUGCAGCAAAUGCAAGAAGAAGAACUGUACCUAUAACCAGGUGCAAACACGCAGUGCUGAUGAGCCCAUGACUACCUUUGUCUUAUGCAAUGAAUGUGGCAAUCGCUGGAAGUUCUGCUGAUAGAACCGCCAGCCAGGAUUUCGGUGAACAAGGUGAGGAAGAACAAAGAGAAAGCACUAAGCCAUUGUAGCUGGAGAAAAAAUAAAAAUUAAGAUGAAGAAAAAUGCUGAAUUCUGAAUGGGGUCUUAGGGAUCAGAGGGAGAAUUCUUUUGCAAACUAAUAAUCUGUUAUUAAAAUUGAUUCGCUA